CAUAAGGUGUAGCCUUCCCCGAUUGAGGAUUUCUGCUACAAGCGACUAGGCGCGGUUUAGCCUCCUCACAAGCUCUUCACCUCUUUUCUUCAAUUUUUUUCUUUGGUUCCAUACUAUUUCGAUUUCAAUGCUUUUCAUUUCUUUUUAUGGUUUUAAUUAGCAUUAUUUGCCUAAUUGCUUAGAGCCCCAAUUCCAGAAUGAUAUAAACAGCACUCACGACAGAGUACUGGAACACUUGAUUAAUGAUGGCUACAGAACCCUCGCAACCUCAAGCUCUCACGACCCAGGAUAAUGACGAUAGGCACCAUAUUCCCAUUAUCUCAGACCUCGAACUUGGCGACGCAGUCCACACUCCUGUAACUCUAAUAUCAAACCUCUCUAAGAAACAUCUCCCAUCUACCACCAACCCUUCACCACCGUCCGCAUCAUCUUCCGAUAUUACCAAGAACAAACGUUUGGUUAUUGUAGGCGACACGCACGGUCGCCCGACAGCUCUACAAUCUCUUCUGGACAAAAUAUCUUUCGACAACACGACAGAUCAUCUCAUUCUUGCCGGAGAUUUAGUUACAAAAGGUCCGGAUAGCAAGGGCUUGGUGCAGUUCGCUAGGGACAUAGGAGCGAGUGCCGUGAGAGGCAACCAUGACGACAAGGUACUCGAGGCCGCGAAGUGGUUAGGUCGCAUAAAGCAGGGCAAGAAAGAGUGGGGAAAGACAGAGAACGAGGGCGAUAGUGUGAGAGAAGACGAUGAGGAAAUGUCCGAAGAAGAGGAAGCGAAGGAUAGUGUCGAAAUCUCAGGACGACGACGGAGAAAAAAGCCCAAGGGGGUGAAACCAGAACACAUUGCCGUCGCCCGCUCCCUCACCCUCUCUCAGCUUCACUGGCUUGCCUCUCGUCCCAUCAUCCUCCGAGUCGGCCACCUUUCCGGAGCCAAGACCGCGCCAUGGAACGCCAAAGAAGUUGUCGUCGUCCACGGGGGCCUCAUCCCAUCUCUCCCGCUAGAGAAGCAAGACCCAUGGGCGGUGAUGAACGUGCGAAGUCUGGUUUACAAGCGCUCCACUUCAUCAACCUCUGACGAUAACACCGAUAACCAAGACGAGAAGAAGAACAAUGAUGGAAGCAUUGACACCGCCAUCACCCAUAAUCGAAUAACCACCAUUCCUCUCGACACCCGCGAAGGUGAACCCUGGUCCCGCGCUUGGAACCGCUACCAGAAUCUGAUUAGCAGCGAAUCCAAUCGCGUAGUCGUCAUCUACGGCCACGACGCCCGCUCUGGUCUGCAAGUCGACAAACACAUCACCAUCGACCCCGGGAAGAGCCCAAUCCCACUCAGCGCCCGCCAUAUUAUCGGAACAGGGGAUCAAACUGUCAUCUUGGCCGCCGGAGGAGACGUGGAAUUGGAGAUCGAGACUGGAUAUGAGGGUAGUGAUGAUGAUGGUAAUGAUGACGACGACGAUGAUGAUUCGGCGCCGAGCACUAUAUCGUUGACAACGAAUACUAUGGUGACGAAUGCGCCAAUGACAGCGGCGGCAGCAUCACCGGACACGGCCGUAGCAACGGAGACGGAAACGGUGGAAAAGAGAUCACCAGAUGGAGGAAAAGAUUUGGAAGUUGAAAGUAAUAGGAAAAAGCCUAAGAAGUUUAAGGGAAUUCGAUAUGCGUACGGUCUCGACUCAGGAUGCGGGCACGGGAGAAAGUUGAGUGCGUUGGUGUUGGGUGUCAACGAGAGCGGGGAUGAUAUUGUUCAUUGGAUUGAACAGGUUAAGUGUGAGUGAACAAAGUGGGAAGAAUCAAAAAUUCCAUGAUGUCUUCAUCUUGAGGGUGGCAAAGAUUGUGCCUUUUUUCUGUGUCACAUUCAAUCCUGGCGUUGGGGUUGAGCUACCUAAACUGUCUUACACGUUCGAGGUCCCUGGGGAAAUAAAAGUCAGGACGAUCAUGCGGUUAGGGGCAAAUAACUUUGGCUUGAACAAAUGGAAACAUAAAAAGCAAGAGUAUAGGUACUUAUUCAAUAACAAGUAUCGCAAGAGCUCAAAGCAAGGUGGUCAGAUGGGUGUGUGCUAGGAAACCCUAACCCUAUUCAUCAAACUUCGUUAUC